GAGAGAGAGAGAGAGAGAGAGAAUUUGGUUGUGACGUGAGCAAGAGAAAGGGAAAAAGAGAGAGAGAGAGAAAGAAAAAGAGAGAGAAAGGGUUUGAUGAAAGGAAUCUCUCGCGUGGUCAGAGUGUUUUAUGUACACCAUACUUUGAGAAAUUAAUUACUUUGUUGCAAUUCGAAUAAAUAAGAAACCAUCGAAAUCACAGGGUGUAUUAUUUUGCGGCCGAUCACACUGGACAUCAUUGUUUGUUAUUAUAUUUGUAUCAAUCACCGUUAUUAUUUUCCCACAUUUUUACCGACAUUGUAUCAAUUGUUGUAGUUGAAUAGAUACCGACCGUUUGUUGGAUUUAUUGUUCGCGAUUGUUCACGUUCCACUACGUUAUCGUUGGUACUGGAUUAUAGUUGAAAACGAGAACGAGAGAAAAAAAGCGGGAGAGAGGCGAGAAUUACCGAGAAGCAAGACGAUAGGAUUGGCUUUUCUCACGAAACAAUAAAACUCCGCGUUUAAUAAAAUGAACAAAUGUUUUGCCCGUCAGCAAUUUCACGUUGAAUUAUAAUGUGAAUCCGAUGAUAAUACAAUCGAUAAUUGUAGUGUGAAAAAAAAAUUAUGUGUGUUAAGUUUAAAGGAAUCUGAUAUAAAGAGGGAGAAGAAAGAGAACGCAGGAGAACGGAUAAAAAGGAAGGAAUAACGAAACCGAGCGGAAAUAAAGAGGAAAAAGGAGGAGACUAACGAAUCAAUCGAUCGAUCGAAUUCAACGUACACCAAUGAACGUUGAAAGUGAUGUUCAAUAAUUCCGAUAAACUAACAAAUACCGCCUGGAUCGUACACAUGUACAGAUAAUACGUAUACGCGCAUGUUAUUAGUAUUUAUUAUUUAUACACACGUCGAUGAAUACCUGCCGAUAUUAUAAUAAUAAUAAUAAUUAAUAAUCUCCAGCGUCCUGUAUAAUUAAGUGUCGUGUUUUAAUCAAUUGAUAUACCAACAAACUGUACCGUUCUAUCUACGUCUCUAUGUAUAAUAACGUAGUGUGUUUGUAUGUGGUUCUCAUUCUACUGGACGUAUAAACAAUAAGCAUAAAAUAAUUCUCUAUACGUAAACAUAUAGGAAGUAUAAACAAAAUAUAUGCAGAUACUCAACAAUUAAAAUUCAUCCAUUCGUACGCGUAUACGUUCGACGCUAUCCGCGAAACGUUUGCGAUCGUUCGAUUAUUUGAUCGAGUGAGAUUUGAAAGAAACAAAAAACAAACAAAAAACAACCAGAGCAACACCCGAAUCCGAUUCGUUGAACAUUUUUCAAUCAAAAAACCUCGGCGUCGAAAACGUUGAGAAUAUCAUGGAUUUUCUUACCUCCUGCGAGGACUGAAUCUUGCGAUACGACGAACGGAACUGCCUCGCAAAUUUCAGCGCAAUAACAACACGGGUGAAAAACACGUUCGCCCGAAGUCCGUCGAUCCGCCGAUUGGUCGAUUAGCUCGGCCCUUUGCUGCGUAAAACCGGAGGAUCCGAAAACUAUCGGGAGACUAAAUUCGCCACCACGUGGCUCUGAGGAAUUCGAUUGAUUCAGUUUCGCGUGGACGGGCCGUACGACGAGUUCUGUGCACCGAGUUUCGCGUCGUUCUUGAGGUUCGUACGUAAAAGUUGAAAGUUGAGAAAAUCGGCGUCCGGUUAACGGCCGCCAGUGAACGUGAUAAAGUGAUAAAACGUUGCUGAAAAUUUAAUCGCGACAUACCAUCGUUGUAAAGUGGUGAAAGUGUGGAUAAUAUACCUCGGCGGUCACAUUCGAAGCGUGACCACGGUGAAGCGUUUAGUGUAUUUUUUUUGGUGGUUAACGAACGGCCUCAAGAUUCAGCUCGAUAUUAUGCCCUGGUUCAUUUUAUUUCUGCUCCUGCUAGCUGUGAUGGAGGUUUUCCCGAGGGAGGCUACCUGUUCGAAACUUCCGGACAUACACUGGAACGCCACCAAUCCAAUAUUUCGCAUAGACAACACGGACCACAUCAUAGACGUGAAUAAAAACAAUGCGGCCUUCGAAUUCGAUCAGGUCAAUAUAAUAUGUCCGGUUUAUCCACCCGGUACGUACGACGAUGACGCCGAGAAGUACAUCAUCUACAAUGUCUCCAAAGAGGAGUACGAGACUUGUCGGAUAACGAAUCCGAAUCCUCGGAUAAUAGCGGUUUGCGACAAACCGAACAAAACUAUGUACUUCACCAUAACGUUCAGGCCGUUCACACCCCAACCCGGUGGAUUGGAGUUUCACGCGGGGAAGGAUUACUUCUUCAUCAGCACGUCGUCGAAGGACGACCUCCACAGACGUAUCGGCGGACGUUGCACGACCCACAACAUGAAGGUCGUUUUCAAGGUCUGCUGCGGAAACGACGCCGACACCUCAUCGUCUUCAGCAACGGCGCGCAACAACUCCGUCGCAGUUACGAGCAGCACGGUCUCCAGCAGUAGCUCGUCGAGCACGACCGGAGGCGCCGCGGUUCCACCGCCACCUCCCAGCGUACUUAAGGGUGGCGAUCGUUUUUACCCGGGCAGCAAUGUCCAUCAUCAUCACGAACAUCAUCAACCGCAAGCGACCGUCGCACCUCCGACUUUGGGACACGUGCCCAACCCACUUUAUCCCGUUCAUCCCCAUCAACCCCAACAACCGCAACAACCCACUGUUUACAACGGACCACCUUCAUCUUCGCCGCCAAAGACAACGUCCACGCAGAAGAAGAAAAAUAAGGAGUAUUCCGACCACCCCAACGAAGUGGUGAAGAACGAGGAAUUGACGUACAACCGGGGAUCGUCGCGGUUAUGCCGUUCGUCGUUUAUUGCGGGUAGCGUCGCGACGCUGGCGUCGUUAUUGCUUUCGAUAUUUGCCCCCCUGGUGAUUCUCGGGGUCGCGGUGCCCCUCCGGUGAAGCGACAUAAACCUGCAGCGGCGUCAGCAGCAGCAGCAGCAACAAUUUGAAGCAUUAAAUUUGCACCUGCAGCAACAGCAGCAAAGAAAUCAAGAACAAAGUUGCAGCCGCCCCAGCAGCAGCAGCAGCAGCAGCAGCAGCAGCAGUAGCAGCACCGCCCAGUACUUGAUUCUGUGAUUGUUGUUUCAGGAUUUGAUGAAAAAAGAAAUAAUAAAACAAAAAACGAAAAAUAAAAAAAAAUAAAUAAAUAAUAACAAAGAAUAUUCAACAACAAAUAUUAAUCGAUCGAUUACGAAGGACGAUAUAAAAUAUAUGAAAAAUUGAAUAUUGCACGCGCUAGUGUGUCUCGAUCGUUGUUGAAACGGAAGAGAAGCAGACUAAAAAUAAAAUAAAAAAACCGACAACCCCGAUCAAGUUGAUAUAUACACGCCUAUAUUAUAUUCAUCGUGAUCGAGCUGAUUAUGUCUUGAAAAAAAAAAAAAAGAAUAAAUGAAUAAAAGUAAAAGAUAACAACUAGACUACGUAGGACUACAUUGUAUAGAAUCAUUUAUAUAGAUUUUUCUAUAUAUAGCCAAACGAAUUAACCGGCACGCGGCGAAUUAUAGGAAAAAAAUUGACAAAAAAAGAACAAAAAAAACAACAUAGAUUACGGUUAGUGAAGAAAUAAUAAUAAUAAUAAUAAUAAUAAUUAAAGUAAAGUAAAAGAAAAAAAAAACCAAAAAAGAUGAUUCACCCGAAAGCCAUAUUACUAUUAAAUUAUCGUUAUAAUUAUGUAGACACUGUACAUUGAAAAAAGUAUGUCGGUAUUUUUUACAAAUCGAUACCUGCGGAUGAUCUUAUUCGAUAAUCGGUCAUUUUUCUUUUUAUCUUAUGUCCGUUAAUUUUUUAUCCGUAACGAUGACCUGUAUGAAAAAAAAAAAAAAAAAGCUUUACAGGAGCUGCGUGCCAAGGUUAAUGUUGGUACACGAAUCGCUGGGAUCGAUUUUAUAUUUCCAAUAAUUUCUUUCGAAGAGAUGAUAAUCAUUUUUUGACGUAUCUCAAAGAUGGUCAGAAAA